AUGACCCAGUUCGUUUUUUUAAAGAUGUUUCGCCCGUUAAGUCGUUCGACGCGUAAACGUGGGGUUCAUUUAAUAUCAAACAUUCCCUCAUCUUUUACUCAAAAUGCUUUAUUUUCUAGUUCGUGUCCUGGACUUGGUCGUGGCUCAAUGGAUAAGGUUAUUCUUGGCGGAAAAUCUUUUUCAUUAAGUAGUCAAGAAAUAAAUGUUAAACCAGAGUCAAAAACAAAGGUAAACGUUCGUCCUGGUCAGUUUGAUGACGUGAUUGAGGAAAACAAAAUAAUGUUUCAAUCUUUAGUUGAACCAAUAAAAGAUCCACUUAAACAAUUGUAUGAAGAACGUCAAUUAUCAUCAACACAAUUAAAGCGUGAAAGGAAUAAUCAACAACAAAGGCAGCGUAAUAAUCAACUGAAUUUAAGAAUUCACAAAAAAGAAAUGGAACGAACUGGCUCAAAUAUUGAUCGAAGAGAUAAGUCUGAAAAAGAACGUGAUGUUAUUAGUCAGAUUAAAUCACGAAAAAAUAGUAAAAUUAAUCGGAAGAGACAAUUACAACAAACUGAUUUUGUGGCACAAGAUAUUAAUUGGUCAGAAUUCAUCAAUUCAAAUGCAAAUGAAUUAGAUCAAAUUACUUUAGAGAAUAAAGAGGAAGAACAAAAAGCGUUACAGUUGGAAUUGGAAGGUGGAGAUUACGAUCGUUAUCUUUCGAUUCCAAAGUCUAUUCAAGAAAAAUUUAAUUUCGAUAAUGAUAUAGCGAAUUCUUUACAAAUAGUUAUAGGUCAAAAUCCUUCUUAUAAACUUUCAGAAAAAAAACUGGUUUAUGAAACUUUGUUUCAAAAUCUGAAUACACUAACGCAGAUACCACAUAAAAAUAAAAAUUAA